CAGUAUCAUUUUGAGCUGCGACAUGUGCGGUUUGCGUGCCCAACGAUGGUGAGGCGUCUGGGCUGUGCUGGUGUGCUGCUGGUCCUCCUGGCUGCUGCUCUACUCGGCCAGCAGACCGCCCAGACUGCCAAUAUAUUGGCGGUAUUCUCGUAUUCAUUCGGUUCCUCAUACAAUCUGGUCCGACCCUAUAUACAGCGCCUGGUGCAGCGCGGCCAUCAAGUGACUGUGAUAUCGGGCCCAAUUUCGUUUAUGGCCGACAUUGAGGGUGUGCAGCAUAUACGCGUGGCGAGUCUCAAGCAGCUGAGUGAAGAGCUCGAGGAAUACGACUAUGACACGGCCAUACCCAAUAAAUGGUCGGAGGCGUCGUUUGUCUCCGAUUACUUUUACAAUUGCUCCAAGCUGAUACUCGAGGAUGGGGGCGUGCGCCAGCUGCUGCACAAUGCCAGUGCCCAGUACGCGAUGGUGGUGCUGGAGGCAGCCCACACGGAUGCCCUUUAUGGCUUUGCCCAGCACUACAAUGCCUCGCUGGUGGGCAUUGCGGCGUAUGGCGGUGCCUGGAACAUUGACUUUCUGGCCGGCAAUUCGGCGCCCAGUGUCUACGAGCCGAUGUCCGCGCUGGGCUUCGCCGCGGGCAACAAUCUCCUUGAGAAGUGGCAGAAUCUGAUCUUCAUCAGCGAGGAGCGUCUGGUGGAGCGAUUCGUUUACCUGCCGCGUCAGAUGGAGCUGUACAAGCGCUACUUCUCGCCGGACGCCAGCCGUCUGCACGCGCUGCGCAAGAAGUUUGCGCUGAUUUUGCUGAAUCAACAUUUCAGUCUGGGUCGCGUGCGCUCCAAUGUGCCCAAUCUGGUGGAGGUGGGCGGCAUGCAUCUGGCCGAGCCGCCCGAACCGUUGAGUGCGCAACUGCAAAGCUUUUUGGAUGGGGCCGUGCACGGUGCCAUUUACUUUGCCCUGGCCAGCGAUAUGCUGGACAAAUGGCUGCCCCCCAAUAUGCAGCAAACAAUGCUGGCCGCCUUCGGUCGGCUCAGGCAGCGCGUUGUCUGGAAAACCAAUCUACCACAGGUAGCCAAUAAAUCGAAUAAAUUGCACAUGAGAGCGUGGCAGCCACAGCGCGCGAUCCUGGCCCAUCCCAAUGUAAAAGUUUACAUCACUCAGGCUGGCCUUUUGUCCAUCAUUGAGGCGUCCUUUUACGCUGUGCCCAUGCUCUGUCUGCCCGUCUACUUUGAUCAGGUGAAGAAUGCCGAGCGUGUGGAACGUUUGGGCAUAGCCAAGACGCUGGACUUUUAUGCGCUAACCCUGGAGGGUGUCAUCGCAGGCAUUCAGGAGCUGCUGCACAACGACAGCUAUGCAAAGAAUGCCAGAGAGCUGGCCACGCGAUUCAAGGAUCAGCCCAUGACGCCCAUGGACACGGCCAUUUGGUGGACGGAGUAUGUGCUGCGGCACAAGGGGGCCGAUCAUAUGCGCCUCAUCGAGCAGGACAUGUCCCUGAUGCAGUACUACAGCGUGGACAUAUUCUCGGUGCUCUUUGGCCGCAUCGGACUCACCGCCCUGAUUGUGAUCUUCCUGGGCUACACGGUGGUCACCGUAGCCCUGCGGUGCACCCAAUAUCAGUUCAGACUGAGCGUACCUGUGCUGGCCUCCUAAGCGGACCCUUUCUGAUUGUUCCAGUUAGGUUUGCAUACAUAGUAUACUGCUAUGCACAGAUAACAGCUGACGGUAAUCGCUUGUUGGGUCUGAUCAACAAUAAAUUUCCAUGAAUUGUUUGCCAAAUAGAAUGAUAAUGAAAAUAUCUUAUCGGGCAAUGCCAGGGUCGUUUUUGUGUUGACAAAUUGGAUUAUAAUUGAAUGAUUCUAACAAAGAACUACAUUUAUUCGCUUAUUUACAAAUACAAAGAAAACGCUGUGUUAAUUUUACUUGAAAAUAAUUUGUAC